GCGGUUUCUUAGUAACUGCGAGUUUACUGAAGUCACGAGUCGAAAAGAAUGGAAUUGAAGGAGAUUAGUGAUAUUCUACAAAGGGGCGGCAUUAAAAGAAACAUCGACGUCAGCCAACUUUACCUUGCCAAGAGGGGAAUGAGCUCUAUCCCGGAUUUGUCAAGAUUCCCAAUGCUGAGACGUUUAUGGGUGAACAACAAUAAGAUCAAGAAUAUUUCCUGUCUGGCCAUCAGUUGCUGCUUGACUGAACUUUACCUGCACAACAAUACAAUUACCUCUAUUUCAGGAGCCUUAGGUCACCUGACUUGCCUGAAGAUUCUGUCAUUGCACAACAAUGAGCUGAGGAGGCUAGAGGAGUCAGUAAGAGAGCUGAAGAGAAUGCAGUGCCUCCACAUUGUCAGUUUUUACCUGAACCCACUGACGUUAGAUCCUCAAUAUCGCCACUAUGUGGUCCACCAUUUGCCAUCUGUUAAAAUGCUGGAUAGAAAAGAGGUGAAGCAGGAGGAGAGGAAGGCAGCAUUUCAGCGAUACAGUCCAGACAGACACCGUGUCCUGCAGUCUCUGGCCUUCGGGAGGCGAGCGGAGGCUGCUCUGCUAACCAGAAGCGGCUCCAUUCCAGUGGGAGGAGCCAGAGCAACAGGCGCUGAUGGAAUCUUACCUGAGUAGCACUGAUGAUAAACAACAGGCAAGAACAUCUAUGGUUAUGCAGCAGCCAUAAACAAAACAUACCUCUCUUUGUACUGUACAUACAAGAAUUUGUAACAUUUGUGACAUUUUU